ACAUAUCAAUCUUGGUAUUAUAUCAUGUUCUCUAAUACAGUACAGAUGUACAUGUACAAUCAGGAGCAGAAGGUAUCCCACGUUUCCGAGAUGCAAGGAGAGUAUGUCUGCAUUAUUUGUGACAAGAGCUUAUCCAGUAAACUAUACCUGGACAACCAUACUAGAUACAUGCAUUCUACAGUCAUUAAGUUUGAAUGUGAUCUGUGCAACAAACUGUUUAAUUCUCCGAAGAAUCUAAAACUUCACAAACAAAGAAUUCAUCAAGAUAAAAGGCACUCUUGUGAUAUGUGCGAUAAACAGUUUGGAAUCUAUAAUGAUUUGCGAAUGCACAGAAGAACUCAUGGAAUAGGACAAAGCUUUCCCUGUGAUGUCUGCAAAAAACAGUUUUCAACAAACAGAAAUCUAAAAGAUCAUAUUGUCACUCACACUCAGGACCGACCUUAUGCAUGUGCAUAUCCUGGCUGCAAUCUCAAGUUCAAUCAGAAGAAAACUCAUACUGUACAUACAAGGCAACAUACUGGAGAGAGACCGUAUACCUGUGCUAAGUGUGAGAAAACCUUUAUUCAAAACUCAAAUUUGAAAAGUCACAUGAGAACCACACAUUCAGAAUUGUAAAUAUGUUUACAAGGAAAAGUGUUCCAAAAAUGUAAAGGGUGGACAGGAGAAACCAAUACGUAAAUAAUUAAUCGAUUUUGACUUAUUUAAUUUCUGACGUUUUUAAAAAUAUAAUUUGCGAUAAAUCGUAUUCCCUGGAUCCUAUAAUAUCGUUUGAUUCCGGUUUCUCUCUGACCGAAAUGGUUUAAUGGAUGCGCGCUUUCAGUAAGUUUCCAGAAAACAGCGGAAUUAUUGAAUUAGUCUUUCUUCCUUUUAAGUGUAAGAAAUAAAUCGCUCAACCUUUUAAAUUUUUACCAAUAUAUGUCGAAAAAUAUUCAAAUAUUUAAUCGUUUACAAAAAUAAAAAAUCUAAGUUACUUUUGGUGAUAAAAAGAACGGAAGACGACACCAAAAUUCCACCGUUGUCCUGUUAAUACCGCGACAUCUGCUGUGGUGUUAACGCCCCUUGAUUAUGUUUAAUUAAAUUUGUCUAUUAUAUACAGGGUGUCCCAUAUCAUGUUAGAUCGUCAAUCGGUCUAAAUUACG